AUGUCUGGCGCAGGUCCUUCUCUGCACCCCGGCGACUGGCCGUCGAGGGCUGUCUUCCAAUUCCCUCCCGAUGCCGCGCCCUCGCCCAUCCCACCUCCGUGGACCGGCGAGGCGACGUUUGCAAACCCAUUCCCUAUUCCUGAGGACAUCUACCAGGGCGCUUUGUCCUACAAGGUCCCGCUGACCAUUGCCUCUGUCUACUUUGUCACCGUCACCUACGUCAACUGGUACAACCGCCAGCAUGGAAACAAGCCGUGGAGGAUCGCCAAAACCCGACCCUUCUUCGCGUUCGUCAUCUUCCACAACGUCUUCCUGGCUGUCUACUCGGCCAUUACCUGCGUCGCCAUGAUCCGCUGCCUCAAGCGCUCCUUCCCUCACUACAGCGAGCCCAACGCCGUUGUUGGCACCAUUGACGCCCUCUGCAAGAUCCACGGCCCCCGCGGACUUGGCGAUGCCGUCACCUUCAACAACACCAACGACUCUUGGAGCAGCCUCAACCCAAACAUUGCCCUGGCAGCCAGCGGUCUUCCCGACAGCUCCGACCUUGGCAGGAUCUGGAAUGAGGGACUUGCUUUCUGGGGCUGGUGGUUCUACCUCUCCAAGUUCUACGAGGUUCUCGACACGGCCAUUAUCCUCGCAAAGGGCAAGCGAAGCACAACCCUCCAAAAGUACCACCACGCCGGUGCCAUGCUGUCCAUGUGGGCUGGUAUGCGCUUCAUGUCCCCACCCAUCUGGAUGUUUGCUCUGGUCAACUCUGGAAUCCACGCUAUGAUGUACACCUACUACACCGUAUCAGCCCUCGGCUACCGCGUCCCCAAUGUCGUCAAGCGAACCCUCACUACAAUGCAAAUUACCCAAUUCCUCGUCGGUUCCGCCUUCGCCGCUGUUCACCUCUUCAUUUCCUACACCGUCCCCGUCUCGGUCGCAUACAAGGUUGCUGAGAAGGUUGCCCAGAAGGCUACUCCUGAGGCGGUCGCGUCUACAGUCUCUUCUGCAGUCGCCUCUGCCACUGAGUCUGUUGCCGAGGCCUUGCCUACCGUGACUGGCGUUGCCGUUGCUUUCCUCAGGAAGCUCAUUUACCGCGCAGCUGGUGACGAGGGUCUUGCGGAGAACAUUCCCGUCCCUGGACACCCCGUCCCAGUCCGCCAGCAACAGCCACUACAAGAUGCGGCCGCUGCGGUGCCUACUCCUCUGCACAACGCAGUACACAACUUGCUCCACCCUCACGAGACUAUCGAGAAGACCUUCUACCGCACCGAGUACCAGACUGUUCCUUGUGUCGAUACCUCCGGCCAGGCUUUCGCCAUCUACGUCAAUCUGAUUUACCUCGCCCCUCUCACCUUCCUCUUUAUGCGAUUCUUCUUCAAGUCCUACCUCCGUCGCUCGUCCCCCAACACCAAGCGCUCGAAGCCCCGCACCAUUUCCGACGCAGCUGGCGAUGCUAGCCGCAAGGUAGAGCGCGAACUCGACUCUCUGGACAAGUCAGCCGAAGAUGCCAUCUCCUCGGGAGUGAACAUUGCUAGGGAUGCUGUUCGUGGAAGGCGACCAGUCAAUGGCAAGGUCAAGGACGAGAGGCAAGGUAGCAUGAGCCCAGCCAACCAAAAGUUCUUGGACAAUGUCAGCCGCAGAGUCAGCCAGAAGCUACAUGAGCUUGACGAGGGUAGCGAGGCUUCUGCCCAAAAGGCAAAGCAGAUUGCGAGGGAGGUUGUUGCCAAGGCCGAGCAGGCUGGCCACAAGGUCGACCAGGCAUACGAAGACAACGAAGAGGAUGUGGCUGAGAAGUCAAAGAUCAACGGCAACCAUCAAAACGGCCCAACGGAUGCCGAAGUCGCAAAGCCCGAGUCUGAGCCCGAGCCAAAGGACAUUAACAACACGUUGAAGAAGGGCGAUGGGCUGUUCUAG